GCCUGUAGAAACGCCUUUGGCAUUGCUGAUUAUUUCAAUCGAAUCUGUCAGCUUUUAUUAUGCCUUUUUCCUACUUCCGCUGAAACGAAAAGCACGGAGGACUCGCUACGAGUAACUUAGUUGCAUCAUGGCCCCGUCACGAAAGAACAAAGUUGUGAAGGAGGAAGUGCAAGUGUCGCUCGGACCGCAGGUUCGCGACGGUGAGGUCGUGUUUGGGGUGGCGCACAUCUACGCCAGUUUCAACGAUACCUUUGUCCACGUUACGGACCUGUCCGGCAAGGAAACUAUCUCGCGCGUGACCGGCGGCAUGAAGGUCAAAGCUGAUCGCGAUGAGGCCUCGCCUUACGCCGCUAUGUUGGCCGCUCAGGACGUUGCGGAAAAGUGCAAAUCGCUCGGCAUCACCGCGCUUCACAUUAAGCUGCGUGCUACGGGCGGAAACCGCACCAAAACGCCGGGACCGGGCGCCCAGUCGGCGCUGCGUGCGCUCGCGCGUUCCUCGAUGAAGAUUGGUCGCAUCGAAGACGUUACGCCCAUCCCGUCGGACUCCACUCGCCGGAAGGGUGGUCGUCGCGGUCGUCGUCUAUAGAGAGUGAUACCAAUAUUUCCAUCUCGAGUGCGCGUGUCGGCCCGUGGAUGCAUUCAUUUGUUUUGCUAUGAUUUUGUGUGCAUCACGGCUGGUAUCUCCCCCGCCUACGUCCCUGUCCGCUGGGACUUGUGGGCGCGAGUGUUACUCAAGUGCUAACAGUUUAUUUCUUACGCAGACGUUUACAAUUUUUGUCACUCCCAUGCCGUCGUGUACGAGAAUACCAAUAAAACACGAACUGCUGCAGUCCUGAUGAAA